AGAAGCCGAACAGAAACAGACUCGUAUAAGCAUACCUAUAAGGUAUACUGUUUGGUGGGAGGAAGAAUCAGUUUGAAAGUGUGAGCCGCGAGAGACGAACACAAUCUCUUUGACGUACUUUUUUAUCCACCAUGAGAUCUUGGAUAUGUGACUCAGUAUUUAUAAUCUUAUCAAUCAUCAUAACUGCUCACGGGUCAUCCAUCGAUGUGCCGUGUAUUGAGGACAGUAAAUUUUAUAGAAAUCCAAAUACAUUAGCUCACAAUGUAUGGUCACCAAAUGAAUGUGCCAAAUAUUAUUUAUGUUUAGACAAUGAAGUAUUUGAGUUUAAAUGCUCAGAGGGUCUUCUAUUCGAUGUUACGAGACAGAUAUGCGACUUCAAAGCCAAUGUAGACAAUUGCGAUGUAACUUCAGAACACCAACCGCCUAAGCCAUUAUUGGAAAAAGGGGACUGCAAAGAUAACACACUAGCUUGUGGUGACGGUACUUGUCUUCCUAAUUCAUAUUUUUGUGACGGAAGUGUUGAUUGUACCGAUGGUUCCGAUGAAGGCUGGUGUGAUGGAGGCCCGGAUAAAAAUUCUGCGACAAAUUGCAAUUCACAAAAAUGUUAUUUACCAGAUUGUUGGUGUUCUCAAGACGGUAAACAGAUACCGAAUAAUUUAACACAUACUGAAGUGCCACAAAUGAUAAUGAUAACGUUUAAUGACGCUGUUAAUGCAGAAAAUUUUGAUUUUUAUAGUAAGUUUUUUAAUGACAAGCGGAAAAAUCCAAAUGGAUGUCCUAUAAGAGGAACGUUUUAUGUAAGCCAUCAAUACACUAAUUACAGAGAUGUCCAGUAUCUUUGGAAUAAAGGCCAUGAAAUCGCUGCUCAUUCAGUAACACAUCGAGGACCGGAAGAAUGGUGGUCACUGAAUGCUACAAUAGAGGACUGGUUCGAUGAAAUGGUUGGAGUAGCAAAUAUUAUAAAUAAAUACGCUGGAGUAAGAAUCGAAGAUAUCAAAGGACUAAGAGCGCCCUUUUUGCGUGUCGGUUGGAAUCGACAAUUUUUAAUGAUGUCAGAAUUUGGUUUUGUUUAUGACGCAUCUAUCGUUGCACCGUUUUCUGAUCCACCUUUAUGGCCAUACACGCUAGACUAUAAGAUACCUCAUCAAUGCGCGAGUACGGGUCAAAUGUGCCCAACUAGAACAUAUCCCGGUUUAUGGGAACUGCCAUUAAAUCAACUUCUCUCUGGGGAAUAUACCUGCAGUAUGAUAGACGAUUGCCCCAUAAGUUUGUCCGGAGAAGAAAUUUACAAAAUGUUAAUGCUGAAUUUUAAAAGACAUUAUUUGAGUAAUCGGGCGCCCAUUGGCUUACAUUUUAAUCCGAUGUGGUUCCGCAAUCCUACAAGCAAUUACGCUUUCAGCAAAUUUGUGGAUGAUUUGCUGCAAUUACCGGACGUCUACUUUGUAACAGGUAAUCAAGUUAUUGAGUGGAUGAAAAAACCUACGCCAGUUGUUGAUCUAAUGGAAUUUGAACCAUGGCAAUGUAAUAAACGAUUUAAGCCCCAUGAAAUAGCAUGCGAGUUUCCAAGCUCUUGUAAAUUACCUAGUCGUGUUUUAAAGUCCUAUAGAUACUUGAAUACGUGUUUCGAUUGUCCAAAACAAUAUCCUUGGUUAAGAAAUGAAUUUGGAACUGAAUGAGCUUUAUAGACUCCUAUAAAUAUUCAUUUAUUUAAAAUCCUUGUUUGAAUUAUUUUUUAAUUGAAAAUUAUGCUUUCAUCUUUGUAUGUACAGUCCAGUUUCGAAAUCGGGACUGGAGGGAAGAAAAUGUUGAAAAUUUUGAUUCCUCCACUACCGCGCAUGACGUGUAUUAAGUCUGGACUCGUUAUAAAACUAGUUUCGAUGUUUUUGUUUUUUUAAAUGAGAAAUUAGUAUCUUGUCGUAAAAUUGUGUAAAUAAGAAAAAAAUUAAUUUAUACUGCAUAACUAAAUUACGAAUUUGCUACUUAAUUUUUUGCGACUGGCGAUAUAAAAUAAUUGGGUCGUGAUAUUUGAAUAGAAUGAUUGACAGAAGUGUUCGGGGCAAUAUUUAACGAAUCACGGAAAAGAGUCUUAUAAUGAGAUUGUAUUGAGCAUUGAAUAAAACUGAGUAGUUGAUAAUAGAGGGAAAAAAUAAUGAAUUAUACGUCAGUUUUUAUUUUAAUUGUUUGUUGUGAAUUGUAUAUAUGUGUUUCAGAAUUGUAUUAUUUUUUAUUAUUAUUGUUAUUGUUACAACUAUUUGUAAAAAACUACAAAAUUGGCAUUCCAUUUUUAUUGUUUAAUUUUUUUAUUUUAAUAAAAGACUGCAAGUUUCAUUUGAAUUUUUUGCAAAUAAAAAAUAAUUGUACUGUACACUUCUCAUAAAUAAAUAAUCUGUAGACUC